UCUUUACAGCUUUAACUGCCUUAUUCUCAUGAGCUACUGAUUGGUUGAGAGGUGUCCAGGGGCUGGAAUGGAGUGUUAUUUGUUCACAAAGUCAGAGCUCACAAUAUGUCUGUGGCAGGAAGCGGAGCCAUUUAUUCAUUUAUUAACCAUUAAACUAUCAGUUCCUUAAAGGACAUGUUUGUUUUGAGAAGUUUUGCCCCAUAUUUAGGAAACGGCUACACUGAUGGUGAUACACUGAAUAAGAUCAACUGAAACAAGCGUAACAGCGCUCCUCUAAAGCUCAACACCAGCUAUGGUGCCACUUUUGGUAUCAAAUCAUACACAAUUUAUGGACACCUUGCAGGUCAAGGUGAAAAUUGCUGGGUGGGUUAUGAACAAUGUGAUUAAUAAUGCUUUCACAAACAGUUUUGGAGUAUUGUCAUAGCCUGAGUUAGCUGCAAUGUUGGUCCAUACUGUCUAAUGUCUUGUGUUUUUUUUUUUUUUUAAACCCUUCUCACAAUGAUCUGCCUGGAAUACUGCUGAUAGUCGCUUUGAAGGCAUGCAGCGAGAGUGAGCUGUACCCCCAGGCAGACAGUUUGGGCUCCUCUGGCAGCACCAGCACCCUGGCGUCCUCGGUUAUCGAGGUGGAAGCCGGGCAGGACGACCUGGGGCUGGGCCCAGAUGAGGACAUGACCCCUCCCACCCUGUCAAUAACAGAGGAGAUCCUGCAGUUCAUCAACCAGAGCCGCGCACGGGAGGGCCUUCCCGAUCUGCUGCCCGACACAGAGCAGUCCUCCUCUGGGCCCGUUAAUGAUGCCAGCAGUGGGCAGGAUUUGGCUGCUGUGGCCCAGAGGCAGGAGAAGGACCAGGGCCAAUCCCAAAACCUGGGCCAAUCCCACUGGGAUUACUACUGCAAUAACCUCCAAGGGGAGAGGUCGGGGCAACUUCUGGGAGGGGAAGGAGCUAACGGCCAAGCUCUGGCCAGUCAGGCAAAUGAGUGCUCUGAAGAGAAGAACAUGGGAAAGGAGAGGUACAUGCUGCCUCCAUUGUGCAUGCUGGAAGAGGUUCCAGCCCUGGUGGAAGAGAUGACGGCCCCUCUUAGUAGUUCAGAAGCCCUGCCAGACCCACAGGAGUUGUUAGCGAGCCCCCUGUCUGACGGGGUGGUGGAAGCACAUCCUAAAGACUCCAUUCUGGAUGCACCAGCAGGUCUUACGGCAGAGUCCUCCUGCCCUCCUAUUGGGGAGGAAGGGCCUGGAACAGGACCCCAUAGUGACGACAAAGACACAUGCCCCAGCGGCUCUCCCCCGACUGAGUCUGGCAGUAAAGGCCUUCAACCACCAAAGUGUGAGGCUGCACUGACCAAGAAUGACCGUCAGAUCAUUGACAAGAUCCGAAACUACUACGAGUCAGCCGAGGUAGCAGAGGACCAGCUGCCCCGGAGGAACAGCAUCUCCCACAUCCCCUCUGGCCUGGUCAAGGAGUCGGUGUCCCUCUUCACCGUCUCUGAUCACCUCUGCGAUCUGCAGGGCGGGCGUUCAGAGGAGGCCAAGGCAGAGUUGCUGCCUCUCCAUCAGAAGAGCCCUCAGGUGGAGGAGGACUCCCCUGGACUGGUGAUAGGCUGUCCUACGGAGGCUGAAGCCCCCAAUGGGCUGGGCGCCCAUGGAGAGCUGAGUUCUGCAGAGUGCACUGGGGUGGAGCCCCCCUGCAAGUUCCGAUCCUGCCGGGAGCUGAUGAAGGUGUGGCAGGAGAAAGAGCAAAAGGAAACUGCGGAGUGCACAGAGGGGGGAAAGAGACAUACACCACACAAAGGGGAAAGUUACAAACUGCAGGAGAGAGAGGAGCACUCUGGAGGCAUCAGAAUGACCACUGGGUGCAACCUCCCUACCCCUGCAGAAAAGGGAGGGUCCACUGUAUUGGGCCCUGACACCUGCCCUAAACCGGACACCGAAGGCCAGUCUGAGACCACUUCCCAGGUGACUGACACAGCAGCUGUACCUCAGAUUUUUGGGAAGACCCGGUCCAGGUGUAGACCACACCACAGGACAGUCCUGCAGGGGAGCCUAGAUGGCCUGCCCAGCCAGAUCAGUGUGGGAAAGUGGUCUGGGCAUGGCCAGGGGCCCUCUGGUCAUCACCUCUUUGACGGGACCCCCGAUGUGACAGGAAUUGGACUGUUUGAGGGUGGGGCAGACCUCUGCCUGGUCGAGAACUCAGAGAAAAUCCUCAGUAAGGUUCAGAUGCUGGCACGCAUGUACAGUGCCAAGGUCAGCAACAUGAAGAUGCCCCUUCACAAAAGGACAUGGGAGAGCCGGGCACCAGCUGGAGGGCGGGAGAGCAACCCUAAGGAAUUUCAGAAGGACAGGAGGACACAGAGCCUGGCCACAGGUGCAGGAUGUCCUUCUGUCAGCCCCCUGUCUUCUGAGCCCCAGUUGUUUGGCCACAUCUUUGUUCGAGAGCAGUUGUCUGCCACCUACCUCCAGGAAAAUGGCUGUGUUCUGACUGGACCCAAGGAUAGCACUUCUGAGCUGGAGGGUACCCCCACAUCUCCUGCUUCCUCCCCCACCUCCAAAAUAUUCCUGGAGGAAGCGGAGACUGAAACUAUGCCAUCACAUAUGGGUGUUGCCAGCAGCCCAUCAGAAGCUAUGCUUGUAGAUGAGUCGUUGUCACCUACACAGCCCCAACUGAAGGAUGCAGAUCCAGAAACCCAAGAGUUUCACAUCCAGAGAGAUGCAGACAUUUCACAGGUUGAGUUUUUUCAGGAUUUAUCUGACAAUGAACCACUAUCCCAAACUGAUGACUGUCCAUGCACUCCUGAGCAAUCUGUGGGUGCCAAUAAUUUUGUCAUUGAGCAGAAUCCAGAACAUCCUUUGUACCCCACCAGGGAAGACCGUCCAUUCAGAUCCCCUGCUUCUUUUCUGGCUGCUGGAAUGAGCGAGCACGUUAUGAAAUCAGAAUUGGCUGAGGCGGUGCUGGAGGUUGCAAAGGGCCAGGCUCUUGCUGAGUCUGAUACCUCACUGGUACGGCUGACAGAGGUCCCCUGCAUCAGCUCUGCAGAGGAAAGUCACAGUGUGGAUGAAGGGGAGAGAGUCCAUCUGGAAGGACAUUGUGAGGAAGACUUUGUGGUCACAGCAGGAAUGUUAAAUGGCUCACCAGGGGGUAAUGAAGGUGCCCCUUGUGCUCUGACUGCGGAAGCAGAAAGCACUGGAAGUCCUGGACAUCCAGGCAGCCGUGUUACGGAAACUUCCUCUCCCACACCAACCUGCUUCAGAGCUUGCCCUCCUGCGGAUUCUGCAUUGCCUCCAGCACCUGUGCCAGACAAUGCACCUGGAAGCAAACUGCUGGAGCUCAGAGCAGGAGCAGGAUGUUCUGAUCAGAUUCAAGCAUUAUCCCCACCCCCACCUCAGAUGCUUGAACAUACAUCUGAAGGAGAGAGUCCCAAGAUCUUGCCCAAUGCCUGCUCCAUUGAAAUGGCUCAGUGUACAGAUAAGCAGGCCAAUCCUGAUGGGAAGUACGGAGUGAUCCUUAAUGGCGGUAUGACAGCCUGUAGUCCAGCCACUUCUCCACUUGGUACACAAUGUUCAGAUGAUCUGCCAAAGUUCACCAGCCAAAGACCUCCUGAUCUGCCAACAACAAAGGGAAGAAGGAGCCUACCUCUGAGUCUGGAGGCUGUGUCUCCAGGCAGAAGUGCUGUAAGUUCAAGGUACCGAGACCCCUCCCAGAAUGUGUCCACGUUGAUCUCAGGAACAUCGCCCACUAGGAGGCCACAUUCCCAGCCGUGCUUUGACAGGCCUGGCCACCCUGCAGCUGCCAACAACUUAAACAGCAAGCCUCCAUCUGCCUUCAGCACAGGCCUUCGCUCCCCCUCCCCUGUGAGAAGCCUCCUGCCUGCCUGCUCAUCCUCCAUGCCCAGUGGCCUGACUAGGUCUCUGGCAGCCUCCUGCAUCAGCCAGACCAUCACCCAGAGCCUGGCCAAGAGGAGCACUCGCACCCAAUCACCUGCUCAGAAGAACCCCAGCUCCACUCUUCUUCCGACUACAUCUGAUUCGUCUCUAAGAGUGAGGGCCUCCUCACCCAAACAAUACUCCCUGUCAGGCUCAAAUGCGAGCUCGGGCACCUCUAGCAUGUCCACAUGUGGUAUCCCCAGCUCCCCAAGGGCCAGGGCCACCCCAUCCCCUGUGUCCUCCCCCCCACCCUUCCGUAGCCAGAGGUCCAUGUCCCCCGCCCCUGCCACCAGCCUCCAGCAGAAGUCCACCACUUCUCGCCCCCGGUCAACUGCCCUGGAGCAACCGGCACGUGCUAAUUGGAACACCAACAACAACAACAACAACAGCAACAGCAUCGUCAGUGCACGUUAUGGGAAGCCACCGUUGGCAAAUGUGGGUCGGGCAGUGCUGUCCCCUGACCCUCUCCGGAGCGCCUCACAAAACCGGGUGGCCCGACCUUUCUCUUCCACUUCUGAACCAAGCUCCCGGGUCCAGUCCCCUUCUCCUUCCCCCUCUCCCUCCCCAUCCCCUUCCUGCACCUAUAUCUACUCACCCCUUCCUGCCCAGAGACAGGAGGGCACUCUGAUGAACAAGCCACCUAACCCAAAAAAUCCCAGGGCUGGGGGCCCACGCAACUUUGCCCCACUCUGCCUCUCUUUGGAACAUGAAGGAACCUCCUUUUCCUGCACCUCACCACCCUGCAGGAGUCCCCGGGUCACCUCACCACUGCCCAUAGGCAUCCCCACCAACAUGUGGGGGACCACUAACCCCCAGCCACGAAAGCCCACCUCUGCUGGGGUUACUGCUGCCCAGCCACAAUGCCCCAGAAUCAACUCCCCUCCCAUGCCAGGAGCAUCCUGUGGAAAUGGGCCCUCUGCCCAAAGCUUGAGGUGGCAAAGGGGAGGCAGUCUUGCCUUUGUCAGCCUGGCAGACAGACCCCCUAGCCCGAUGCAGAAUGGGCGCAGGUCUUGGGCAGAUAGUCGUCGUCACUCUGUAGGGGUGGAACAUGAAGAAGGGCUAAGAAGCCCCCAGAGCGCCUACAGCACCCCUUCAUCCUGCAUGAGCCCUGGUACCUUGUCCCCUGCCAUGCUGGGCCCUGGGCACUUCACCACCAUUACCUCGCAAGAUGUGCAUGAACUCCUGACCAAGUACAGCACCAGAGAAACCCCAGAGGGUGAAAGCAUGCCAUCCCUCACCAGCUCAGAGGACGGUCAGAGUGACAGCAAGCUCCAGGAGGGCAACUGCCGGAGCACCCUCAUCUGUGCCUACAUGACCCGCUUGCCCCCCACCCCAGAUACUGGCACUCCUGUCCCGGGCCCACAGGUGGAGCCGGCACCCCCUUCACAGCCACAAGGGGGCAAGGGGCCAGCAAAAACCAGCUAUGCCACGACUGUCAACCUGCAGAUUGCUGGCAGUGGCCGUAUCACUGCUUUGAGCAAUGCCCAGGUAAGCCUUACACAGACCCUGGCACCUGCAUCUGACAUCCAGGCCCGGCGGCGAGUCAGCAUGAAUGGAUGCAACCUCUCUCAGUCCCAGAACUGCCAGAGGCUUUGAGGAACAGACAAUGGGAAGGGGCACCCCCCGCUGUGCCUGUCAUUUCAGUGUUUCAGUGACAGUCUUACCAGCCACCAUACCCAACAGACUGACCCUCUAAUAAUCCUAUGUAGUUAUUUUUAGCAGUGUUAUUUUUGUAUUUUUAAAAUUUUUUUUAUACAUGUGUCCCUUUGCAAUAGCUUUUCCUUUUCGCAGAGAAGCGCAGCCUUGAUCCCCCUCCUGAAGGUAGCGUUAUGUCAAAGCAUGUUGUGGCUCUUAUUUAUGAAGAAGUUUUUGUUGGUGUUGUUUGUCCAUGUAUGUGGCACUUAAUGCUGUCUCUUUACUUUGCACAAUGUCUUAAGCUGUGUGUUUUUCGGACGUGUCUGUGAAAUGUACUUUUAUUUCAGGCCAAACAUAGGAUGUUGAUGUUUUUUUAUGUAUGUUUCUCUCACAAGUUGCCGGAGGGGCAUCAGUGGUAAAUCCUGCAAAAUAAUGUAAAUUUUUUGAGAUAGCAGAUAGGGAUGAGUUUUAAAGUAGCUGCUUUGUGCUUUUAUUAAAGUGCAACAAACAAAAUCUCUCCUCCAAAGAUAAGAUAAUGUUACCAAUAAUGUUCAAACAGGUAGUUGGCAUCCAAAAGGAGGUAAACAAAUGAAAACAACAUAAAUACACCAUAUAUUACAGGGGAAAAUACCUGCUGAUAUUUGAUCAGUUUGUGACAUUAUAAAAUGCAUCUUGCUGAAGUCACUUAAUAAACACCUAGUCUUAAUUUGAUUUUUUUUUGUUCAUUGGGUUCUAGCUUUAAAUCGAGUCCUACUCUCGUUCAUUGCUCUGAUAUACCACCUGUUAUUGAAAUUAAGUCAAGUGCCUACCCCAGCUAACAAUUUGGUUCUCAGAACAUUCCUAGCACUCAGAGAGUUAGGGUAAACAUAACUUGCAAGUACAUUUUCCAAGUUUCCUGGAUGUCCCUUGAACGUGUGAAACAAAUUUGCCAUUUCAAUAUUUUAAUUCAGCAUUUUUAUCUGUAUUUGACAUGUGUCCGCCAUGAAGUUUUUUCUUGAAGCAAUUAUAAACACCAGGUGAUGUUAAUUUUGUUAAAAAAAAGAUUCUUAUCAAAAUGCUAUGUCACAACCAAAUGGGAAUAUGAUCAGAAUCCUCCCCAUAAUUCUUUGGAAACAUUUUUGUUAGCUGGGUACAAAUCAGGAAAAGGCAACCAUACAAUAUUCAUGACACAGAGAUGAAGUAGUUUCCCUUCUCUGCAGGAAAACUUUGUGUUGUUUUGUCCAGUUACUCGCACCCCAGUAAUAAACAUAAAUGAAAAGA